AUGUCGGUGUUUGGGGGCAUUCCACCUCUAGGCGAGAAGAGCCAGCCUUACCCUGAGCAUGGACAGGGACAGCACCUCGGAACAGAUACAUCGGGGUCUAGCGUGACCAAAACCGAAGGACGGGAUGGAGAGUUCACAGGCAGCGACAUGGAGGACGAGAUCGAAGAGAUGGCCCGUCAAUUGACCCGUCGAUCCACGCAUUUCUCGACCACCAACGCGACGAACCCCUUCUUCGAGGACAACAAGGAGUCGACUCUACAUCCGGGUAGUCCGUCAUUUAAAGUCAAAGACUGGAUCCGAUCUCUGCUGGCAGCCCAAGCCGGCGAUCCGGAGCGCUUUCGCCAACGGUCUGCUGGUGUGGCUUUCAAGAACCUGAGUGUGCACGGCUUCGGAAGUGCGACCGACUACCAGAAAGACGUGUUCAAUGCGAUAUUGAGCGUUGGCGGAUUGGUGAGGACGUUGACAAAGACCGGCGUGAAGAAGGUGCAGAUUCUCAAUGACUUCAAUGGUCUCGUUCGGAGUGGUGAGAUGCUGGUCGUCCUUGGUCGUCCAGGAAGUGGUUGUACAACAUUCUUGAAGACAAUCGCCGGCGAGAUGAACGGUAUCUACACGUCCGAUGAUGCCUACAUCAACUACCAGGGUAUCUCCGCCCACGACAUGCAAAAGCGCUUCCGGGGCGAGGCCAUUUUCAACGCCGAAACCGAUGUGCAUUUCCCCCAGCUAUCCGUCGGAGAUACCUUGACCUUUGCUGCCCUGGCAAGAGCUCCUCAAACACGCUUCCCGGGCCUGAGCCGAAAGGAAUACGCCUCCCAUGUCCGUGAUGUGGUCAUGACCAUGCUCGGAUUGCGCCAUACAUUCAACACCAGAGUUGGUAAUGACUACGUCCGUGGAGUUAGUGGUGGUGAGCGCAAGCGUGUCAGUAUAGCAGAGGCAAUUCUCAGCGGUGCCCCGUUGCAGUGCUGGGAUAACAGUACCCGCGGUCUCGACAGUGCCAAUGCUCUGGAAUUUUGCAAAAAUCUGUCGUUGAUGAGCAAGUACGCUGGAACGACCGCGUGCGUUGCUAUCUACCAAGCCUCCCAGAACGCCUACGACGUGUUUGACAAAGUGGUCGUGCUCUACGAAGGCCAUCAGAUUUACUUCGGACCUACUGGCGAAGCCCAGAAAUUCUUCACUGACAUGGGAUUCCUCUGUCCCCCGCGUCAAACGACAGCCGACUUCUUGACCUCUUUGACGAGCCCUAGCGAACGGCGAGUGCGCCCUGGUUACGAAGAUAAAGUACCUCGCACGCCGGCUGAAUUUGCCCAGAGGUGGCGAAACAGCCCCGAGUGUGGCCGGCUUCUCCGAGAGAUUGAUGUCUUUGAUCAGGAGCAUUCUAUCGGCGGCGAAUCGUUCGAGAAGUUUGGUGAAGCCCGUCGCCUGAUGCAGUCAAAUCAACAACGCGCUGGGUCUCCCUACACACUCUCUAUCUGGCAGCAGGUCCACCUGUGCUUGAUCCGCGGCUUCCAACGCCUUCGUGGUGACGCCAGCUUGACCCUGAGCGCCCUGUUUGGGAACUUCUUUAUCUCGUUAAUUAUCGGCAGUGUGUUCUAUGACCUGCCACAGGAUACCUCCAGUUUCUUCGGCCGCGGCGUGUUGUUGUUCUAUGCCGUCUUGCUCAACGCCUUCAGCAGUGCCCUUGAGAUUCUGACUCUGUAUGCACAACGCCCGAUCGUCGAAAAGCAGUCCAGAUACGCAUUCUACCACCCCUUUGCAGAGGCCCUUGCGUCUAUGCUUACCGACAUGCCAUACAAGAUGCUUAACUCUUUCACGUUCAACCUCCCACUAUACUUUCUCUCCCACCUACGGAGAGACCCCGGCGCCUUCUUUACCUACUGGAUCUUCUCGGUCGUCACCACGCUAACCAUGUCCAUGGUCUUCCGCACAUUCGGCGCAGCCUCACGCUCGCUAUCCCAAGCCCUGAUCCCCGCAGCAUUGUUGAUUCUCGGUCUCGUCAUCUAUACCGGGUUCGUUAUCCCUACCCGUGACAUGCUGGGAUGGUCUCGCUGGAUGAACUACAUCAAUCCCAUAGCGUACGCCUUCGAAGCCUUUAUGGUGAACGAAUUCCACAACCAGCAAUACACCUGUGUUUCAUAUGUUCCCUCCGGGCCCGGUUACGAAAAUGUCGGCGUCGAGAACCAAAUCUGCAACGCUGUCUCAUCCACCCUGGGGGCCACUGGUAUCGAUGGCGACGCCUACCUAGCCUCCGCCUAUGAAUACUACCACAAGAACCUGUGGCGCAACUUCGGAAUCAUUAUCGCGUUCUUGGUAUUCUUCAUGGGAGUAUACCUCAUUGCCACGGAACUGAUCACCGAAGCCAUGUCAAAGGGAGAAGUCCUCGUGUUCCGUCGAGGUCAUCAGCCCAAGAUCACCAACGACGACGAAGCAAGUGCAACCACACAACCACUUGACGACGCGAACCCGGAGAACAGCGGUGCUGAGAUCCAGCGUCAGACGGCCAUCUUCCAAUGGCAGGAUCUGUGCUAUGAUAUCACAAUCAAGGGCGAACCUCGUCGGAUCUUGGAUAAUGUCAACGGCUGGGUCAAGCCAGGAACUGCUACUGCUCUAAUGGGUGUUUCCGGAGCCGGAAAGACAACAUUGUUGGAUGUUCUUGCAACCCGCGUAACAAUGGGUGUGGUGACCGGGGAGGUCCUUGUCGACGGCCUCCCACGCGAUGACUCGUUUCAACGGAAGACUGGCUAUGUCCAACAGCAGGAUGUUCAUCUGCCUACCUCGACUGUCCGCGAGGCUUUACAGUUCAGUGCGCUUCUGAGACAGCCUGCGCGGUUCACCCGGCAAGAACGUUUGGAUUACGUCGAGGAAGUUCUGGUCCUGCUCGGCAUGCAGACUUAUGCUGACGCAGUUGUGGGUGUUCCUGGUGUUGGCCUCAACGUCGAGCAACGCAAGCGGUUGACUAUUGGUGUCGAGCUGGUCGCACGUCCCCAGUUACUUCUCUUCUUGGAUGAGCCUACGUCUGGAUUAGAUUCGCAAACGUCAUGGUCAAUUCUAGAUCUGAUCGAGACUCUCACCAACCACGGCCAAGCGAUCUUGUGCACAAUUCAUCAACCGUCUGCCAUGCUCUUCCAGCGCUUCGACCGGCUACUCUUCCUCGCCAAAGGAGGCCGCACCGUGUACUUUGGGAAGGUGGGCGAGAACUCCUCAAUCCUGACCAGCUAUUUCGAACGAAACGGAGGCCAUGCCAUUACCGAUGGCGAGAAUCCCGCCGAGUGGAUGUUGGAAGUAAUCGGCGCCGCCCCCGGCUCACACAGCGCCAUCGACUGGCCCGAAGUGUGGAACAACAGCGCCGAGAAGCAGGGUGUGCUCGAGCACCUAGCAGAGCUGAAAUCGACCCUGUCCGUGAAGCCCAAGGAGGAGGCCUCCCCGGCCGAAUUCAAGGAAUUUGCCGUCUCGACGACGGUGCAGAUGAGAGAAACCCUACUCCGCGUGUUCACGCAGUACUGGCGGACUCCCUCGUACAUCUACUCCAAGAUCAUCCUCUCCGUCCUCACAGCUCUGUAUAAUGGCUUCUCCUUCUACGGCGCAAAGAACACCCAGCAAGGCCUGCAGAAUCAAAUGUUCAGUAUCUUCAUGCUGAUGACCAUCUUCGGUAAUCUUGUGCAGCAGAUCAUGCCCAACUUCGUGACGCAGCGCGCCUUGUAUGAAGUGCGCGAACGACCCUCGAAGAUGUACUCAUGGCGUGUCUUCAUGGCAAGCAAUAUCCUCGUUGAAUUGCCGUGGAACUUCCUGGUUGCGGUGCUCAUGUUCUUCUGUUGGUAUUACCCAGUUGGCCUAUACAGGAACGCAGAGCCCACCGACGCGGUGACUGAACGAGGCGGCUUGAUGUUCCUGUACCUGCUUGCCUUCCUCUGGUUCACAUCCACCUUCGCACAUAUGAUCGUCGCCGGCGUCGACACCGCGGAAACCGGUGGUAACCUCGCGAAUCUGAUCUUCGCUCUUCUCUUGCUCUUCUGCGGUGUCGUCGCAACCCCCGACAACAUGCCCGGCUUCUGGAUCUUCAUGUACCGCGUCUCUCCCUUCACCUACCUCGUAUCCGGCAUGCUCUCAACAGCCAUAAGCGGCACGACCGUCGCUUGCGACCCAAUCGAGACGUUGAACAUGGACCCCCCCUCUGGCCAAACCUGCUACGAGUACCUCAACUCCUUCGUGGAAGCCGUGGGUGGCGCGAUCCAGAAUCCCAAUGCCACGAGUGAGUGUGCGUAUUGCUCGAUGGCCGAGACGGAUGAUUUCUUGGCGGCGGUGUUGAGUUAUUGGAGUGAUGCGUGGCGGAACUUUGGCAUUGUAUGGGCGUUUAUAGUCUUUAAUAUUGUGGCGGCGAUUGGGAUUUACUGGCUUGCGAGAGUGCCGAAGACGGGAAGGAAGCAGAAGACUGCUUGA